AUGAGUAAAGUGAUUUGCCACCAUUGCAAGGAGGUUGGGCAUCUCAAGUACAACUGUUCGAAACUCAAAAAGGAGGAUAAAGGAAAGAAAGAAAAGAAAAGAGUGCUCAUGGCAUCUUGGGAGGAUCUUGAAAGCGAGUCGGAUGAGGAAGAAGACUCCGAAAGCGAAGCUCAAAUCCAUCACAUGGCUGGUGAAAAUCAACUUAAUGAGUUUGCUCAUGGUUCGAGGAACUUGGACAAACUACUUGCAAAUCAAAGACCAUUGUUUAAAAAAUCUGGUUUAGGAUAUGUGACAAAAGAUGAUGCAGUUUUUGAUAACUUCUCCACGAAAUUCAUGGCCUCUUCUUCAAAAACAAAAUCCAUUAUCAACAAACCUGGUCUGAGACUUAUUCCCACCUAUGAAGAGGAAUUUGAAAAUUCUUAUUUUGGGAAAACUAAAUCAUCUUCAAGAACUGAUCCGAUAUCAAACAAGGCAGGUCUGGGCUAUGUUUCAACCAAUGAGCCUCCUCAUGAAAAGGUUUUCAAGCUCCCAGCAAAAUCAAAACCUUCCACACGCUCUCAAGAUCAAACCUAUACACCAUCUCUGUCUCCUCCUACCUCUCCUCCUCGCACAAACCCUAUGGCUCGCACAAAGAACCCUUCGAGGUCUCCUCCCUCCUUCAAGCCAACCGUUCCUCCCAGCGCUCCUUCCAAGCCAAGAACUUCGAAAGGGAAGCGCCCUGCUGUAGAAAAACCUGCGUUUGAACCCACAAGACCUAAACCUAGGUCUGCUCCUUCUCGUUCUUAA